CCAAGUCCACGCUCUGGGAGGACCUCGGUGGCAGACGAGACACUGCACUCCCCGCCCCGAUCGGCCCCGCGAGGAGCCAGGCUGUAAGCGGGCGCGGGAGGGAGGGCUGGUUGACAGUGUCACACACGCGGCCCCUUACGCGUCUGUCACCCCCCCCGCCCCGCCUCGGUCCCAGGCGCCGGGAGCGAGGCCAGGGGCGGGGCGCGGCCCUAGGAGCGCGUGCGGCCGGGGCGCUGCUGCGGGCGUCUGGGCCCUAGGGGCUCAGCGCGCGCGCCGGCCGCCCGCCAGCUCCGGGACGGGCCCAGCGGGCACGCGCCCCCCGUCGCGCGCCGCCGCCCCAACGCGCGCUCCCGCCCUUGCCGCGCACCCGCGCACGGGAAGAAGCUGCCGGCUCCAGUCUCGCCGACCCGCACCAUGCCCCGCAUAGAUGCGGACCUCAAGCUGGACUUCCAGGACGUCCUGCUCCGACCCAAGCGAAGCAGCCUCAGGAGCCGAGCUGAGGCCAUGUUCUAUAUCCUCAGGAUCCUGGAUUUCCCCGCCCAAGGGACUGGAUGCUGAUUCCAAGGUGGAUCUUGAGUGUACCUUCACAUUUCGAAACUCGAAGCAGACCUACUCAGGGAUUCCCAUCAUUGUGGCCAACAUGGACACCGUCGGGACAUUUGAGAUGGCAGCAGUGAUGUCACAGCAUUCCAUGUUUACAGCGAUUCAUAAGCAUUACACCCUGGAUGACUGGAAGCUCUUCGCUGCUAAUCACCCUAAAUGCCUGCAGCACCUAGCUGUGAGUUCGGGCAGCGGGACUAAUGAUCUGGAAAAGAUGAGUAGCAUCCUGGAAGCUGUGCCGCAGAUUAAGUUUAUUUGCCUAGACGUGGCCAAUGGAUAUUCAGAACAUUUUGUGGAAUUCGUAAAACUCGUCCGUGAUAGAUUUCCAGAACACACCAUUAUGGCAGGGAACGUGGUGACAGGGGAGAUGGUAGAAGAGCUUAUUAUUUCCGGAGCAGAUAUAAUCAAAGUGGGAGUUGGACCAGGCUCCGUGUGCACCACCCGCACCAAGACAGGGGUGGGCUACCCCCAGCUGAGCGCUGUGAUCGAGUGUGGGGAUUCCGCCCAUGGCCUGAAGGGGCACAUCAUCUCGGAUGGAGGCUGCACUUGUCCAGGAGAUGUCGCCAAAGCCUUUGGAGCCGGAGCUGACUUUGUUAUGCUGGGAGGGAUGUUUGCGGGCCACACGGAGUGUGCUGGAGAAGUGAUCGAGAGGAACGGGCAGAAGCUCAAACUCUUCUAUGGGAUGAGCUCAGAGACGGCGAUGGAGAAGCACGCAGGGGGAGUCGCCGAGUACAGAGCCUCUGAGGGCAAGACUGUGAAAGUGCCUUACAAAGGAGACGUGGAAAAUACUAUCCUGGAUAUUCUUGGGGGACUGAGGUCCACCUGCACCUAUGUGGGGGCCGCCAAACUCAAAGAGCUGAGCAAGAGGGCGACGUUCAUCAGGGUGACCCAGCAGUAUAACACAGUGUUCAGCUGACCUUGAGGAUGAGGUGACGUGCCGCACCCGGAUGCUCCCCCACUUACCCGCUUGCCCGUCUCCCCAUUAUGUCAGUGUUUCCGGCUGCUCCUGGAGGGUGGACUGCUCCUCCUUCCCCCUCCUGCCACUCGGAGGCUUUGGGGCCCCCUAGUGCCUUCUGGGGGCCUGGAAGCAGGGCAGUGAGGGGGUCAGUGGUCAGAGCCCAGCUGCCCAUGACGCAUAACUUCAUUGUUAAAACUAACACUCCCACCUUCUUUUUUAAAAAGAACAUAGUUUCACUUUAAUAUAAUGCUAAUAUCUUAACAUUUUCUUGAGUGCUGGAGUUUGCAUUUGUAGGAACCAAGUUUCAGGGGCAGUUGGGGAUUUUCUGCCUCCUUCCCAUUCUUAGCUCUUGGCUGUCAAGGCGCCUCGGGAAGGGAGGGUGAGGAAGGCCAGGCCACAGUCUUGAACUGGCUUCCCUUCCUUCCAGCGUUUGCUGCUGGGAAGGAACAAGGGCAAUGGAGUGAAUGCAUGAACUGAAGGACUGGUUUCACUGCCUCUGUCACGCAUGCUUUUUGGGAACAGGUCAUGUCUGGCUCCCAAAUUGUCACUCCCAGGCAGCUGUCCCUGCCCUUGUCCUGGGUUUUCACUUACCUUUGUUUUCCUCCAUCUCUUUCCCUUCUCAGUCCCAGCUUAGGCUGGCCUCUCUCAAAGAGAUCACCUUAUUUUGAAAUUCCACAGGCUGUUUCAUUGAAAGGUAGUCCACUGAAAACCAGCAGGAACCUCCUCCAGUGGUUCCCUAAGAAGCAUUGGUUUGAAAAAUAAGUCAGGACCAUUCCCUUGCCCAUAGCGAUUGAUACUUUCAGGGGAACUCAGGGUCCCACUGUGUGAUGGUCGAUGCUAUCCUGGAAGCAGAGGUGUUUUCUUGGAGAAGGACCUACAAGCCUUGGCAGGAAGCGUUACCACACUUGCAAACCAUGAACACAGAUGGAUUGCUCAUGGCUGGCCUCUUCUUUUAAAGCAUUCCUUGAUAAUAGAACUGGAAAGUGUAUGCAGACCAGCAUGUUUUACUGUAUUUCCUUCUAAACAAAGCUCAAGAAGCAGACGUAGGAGUAAAUUUUCUUUGACAAGGCAAGUGACGCCCUGCAGGCAGAGAAGGGCUGGAGGUCCUGCUGCAUAAUUGUUGGAUGUCCAUGGGGACUGACCCAUAUGAAGAAUCCCAACAAACCGUCAUACUCCAGGGAAUGACAGGCCUGCCUGCAGUCUUGCAAGAAUACAUUUAAAGAUUCAGCAAUUUAACUCCAUUGUAAUAAUUUCCCCCACCAAACCCAUUAAUUUUUGCAGAAAUACAAAUGGCUCCACUGGGGAGAGAGGGUCUAGUGGACGUAACGUAGCGCAAGUGGCAGGGCUGUGCUGGCGGCACCCACCUUUUCUGAGUGCCUACCUGAGAUUUAAGCCCCACACUGUUCCUGUGGAAGAUGUGGUUUAUACUCAGGCCCUGAAGUUUGCUAGUUUUAAGGGAUUCUUGCAAAAUAAGGGAGAGAAGCAAAGGAAAUGGGUAUCUUAAGGAAAUCCUAAUGCCUUGUGCCAGCAGCAGGAAGGGAACUUGAGGACAGUAUCCUUCUCCACACUCUUGUUUUAGCUUGGGGUUACCAUGUCCCCUUUCUCACACCAGGCUCCUGUUCUACACCUGGAGUGGUCAGGGUGAGGGACACCCAUCAGCCCGCUGUGCCACCCCUCUGGGGGCUCCCCUGCAGUGGUACGUGCCUGCUUGAGUGUAAAAAUUUUCCAGGUUGUCUGCUUUUUGUUUUCACCGGCUAAAGGCCCUUUCUCACCCAGCUUUUAGGGAAGUGAAAACUCAGUUACUGCGAAAGCCAAAGAUUUGUCAGGAUCAUUUCCAAGCAGAGGUUUCACAAAAAGCACUUCCAAGGCCCCAUGACCCAUUGCCCUGGCAAGCUCGUGUCUGCCUCCAGUGGAGUGGGCCUGGGCAAGCCCGGUUGUGGCCCUCAGACCAGGCAUUAGCAGGACACGGAGAUGGAGGUCCAGCCCUCCGCCCACCUGCAGGCGUCCUGUGUGGGGGUGGGUGGGGGUCUGAACUAGCCAAGGAGACACCCUUGGCAACACCACCGGCCGCUCCCACUGUCUGGUUUCAGGCUGGGCCCACUGCAGCUCAUGAAGCAAAGGUUUUGCCCUAAUCAGUCCGAAUUGUUGAGCAAAGUCUCACAGCCACCAGACCCCAAUCUCGGCGAGCCAUUAAUGCUCAGGAGUGGUGAUCAUGCCUGCUUCCCCCCAGCUUGCCCUCAGCCUACCAGUAUGCAUGGAGGAGGGGCAGCCCUUCCUGUCUGUCCAAGGCUCAUCUAAUCAAUACUGGUUUACCCACCCUCUUUCACACAUGGACAUCCACGAUGUGUCAGACCUCAACUCUUAGGUCCGGAGAGUCAAGUCCUGGUGAAGGGUCCCCACUAAAUCAAGAAAGACAGUGAAAGGAAAGGAGUUGCCCCUUCUUCCCCUGGGCCUAGUGAAGACUGAGAUGGAGAGCUCUCUUCCCCCUCUGCAGAGCCUUGAGGCAGAAGGAUUUGAGAGCCAAGAACGCAGAUGGGGGUGGAGGGGUCACCUGCAGGGGCCCCUGAGGAACUACCUUCCGGGGCCUACGGGGCCACUGCUAAGCCGACCUAACUUGCCAGGAGGCAUGGUGCAAACCUGUGGUGCCAUACUAUUGAAACAGGCUCCUCCACAUGCCAGGACUCCCCCUGCUUGCUGAGUUCCCAACAGGCGUGAAACUACAGGAGGCAUGAAUGAACCUCCCACCUACAGACCACCGAUCAAUUCACAGCCAAACAGUACAGAAUACAUCAGAUAAUGCCACACAGGCCAUGAAGCUGCCAAGUGCUGUUUAGAAACAAGUAUCUCUUGGAAGCAUGAGCCUUCAGAUAGAAAUAAACAUGAACUGAACAAGUCAAACCAUCAGCUGCUCCAACGUGCCUUUUAUUCUAAAUCCUCACCUCAACCACGACCAAGCCCACACCUCUCACAGUCAAAAAAAAAAAUUAG